UUGACAGUCUGUAAGAGUUUAUUUACUAUUUUCAAAAAUAGUGCAGGCACUUCUCAAACGAAUCGACAGCUUUUACUAGUGCAUUUACCGUGUUUAUAUAUACCAGCAGUUUGCUUAGUACAUAAGUAAUUUAUUGUAAAGUGAUGAGUAAUAUUGUUGGAACAUGUACAACCAAAUGUCCUGCAGAGGAAAUCAAAAUGCGAGAAAGGGAGAGGCUGCUGCAUCCACUGGAAGUGCAAUCGAGUGUUGAGAGACAGAGAUGUCCAAAAGCAGAUGUUAAUCGAGUGGUCAAGUGUCAUGUGAGAUGUGCUGCUGGUCAAUCCCUACAGAAACCCACAAACCUUCGCACAGUUCCCGCACUGCUUGACACCAUCAACUAUUUAUUAGAUAGUGUCAUCACAAACACCAAAUUUCCUCAGAACGUUAUUUACGACUUCAUCUGCGACAGAUUGAUGGCAGUACGUCAGGAUGUGGUCGUGCAGAAUUUGGUUAGUUUAGCGUGCAUUCGGAUUUUACAAUCUGUAGUCACAUUCCAUGCUUAUGCUGCAUUCUGUUUCUAUAAGGAGCCUAUAAGUAAAUUCGAUCCGAAACUGAACAACAAGCAUCUGCAAGAAACUCUGAAGAAGUUGCUGAAGAUUUACAGCGAGUCCGACGCUGCGGAAAGCAAUAAGAGGACGUCGUUUGAAUCUAUUUAUCUGCUGCACAAUUUGGGAAACGCAGAGGCGAUGAGACACGCGCUGCAAUUGCCGAAGAACUUGAGGGAAAGGUCGGAGCUGAAAUUGUCGUUGGAGAUUUCUCUGAGUUUUGUGAAGAGGAAUUACCUGAGGGCUUGCAGGCUGAUGGAGAAGUUGCCGCUGCUGUUGGAGGCUGUAGCCUCGCUGCAUUUCCCUCGAAUUAACGAGGACGUUGCGAUUGUAAUGUCGAAGGCGUACAGGAACAACGAUUAUCCAUUGAAUAAUCUGUUGGAGACGAACAAUUUAGCUUUAAGUGAGAGGAAAUUAUUGCGCUACAGUAAAUAUCAACUGUGAGGAAUAAACAGAGUUUUUGGUAA